UAGAGAGGGAAAUCUAUUCUUUGGAUUUGGUUCCCGUUUCAUCUUCUUCAUGCUUUCUCUUUCUAAGAGAGAGAGAGAGAGAGAGAGAUAGAUGGAGUCCGGCCAGUCUCCUCAACUGAAAGGAUUUGUCAUCAUCACUCUCCCCCCGGCUGAUAACCCUUCUCUAGGCAAAACCAUUACCGCCUUCACGCUCUCCGACUCACCUCCAACCCCACCUCAACCCAGCCAACCAGACUCCCAACUUUCUCAACAAUCACCAAUUCCCACCCGAUCACUGCCAAAUCCCCCACGUCAACUCUCACUCAGAAUAUCCCACUUCGGCAACCCUAGGUUCCUUCUGGGUCUUCUGGGUAUCUCUCUUGCUGCUCUAAUUUUGUGUUUUUACGCAUCUCCGAAUGCCCUCUUCGAAUUACGCGAUUCUAAUUCUAAUGAUGAUGAUCGAGGACCCAGUUCCUUCGUCUUUCCUCUGUACCCGAAAUUGGGUACUUCUAGACAGAUGGCAAAAGGAGAUGUUCAGCUUAAAUUGGGUGGGAGGUUUGUGAGGAAAGAUUCAGUGAAUUUGGCUGCGCAGUUGGACGAUCCAACCGGUCUCGAAGAGAAAGCCCAAUUGGGUUCGAUCCAUUCAGCUGCGAUUUUACCUGUGAGGGGUAAUAUAUUUCCAGAUGGAUUAUAUUUCACAUACAUGCUUUUGGGAAGUCCUCCAAAACCGUAUUAUGUCGACAUUGAUACUGGGAGUGACUUAACAUGGAUCCAAUGUGAUGCUCCAUGCGUAAGUUGUGCUAAGGGACCGCACCCUUUGUAUAAUCCCAGAAAAGGAAAAAUCAUACCUUCCAAGGAUUCAUUGUGUGUUGAAGUUCAGAGAAAUCAGAAGACUGGAGAUUGCGAGACAUGUCAUCAGUGUGAUUACGAACUAGAAUAUGCCGACCAAAGCUCCUCCAUGGGGGUACUUGCCAGGGAUGAUCUCCAUCUAAUGGUUGCGAAUGGAUCAUUUACAAAGUCAAGUGUUGUUUUUGGAUGUGCAUAUGACCAGCAAGGAUUCCUCCUAAAUGCGUUGGCAGCGACGGAUGGGAUUCUUGGCCUUAGCCGGGCUAAAGUCAGCUUACCUUCUCAAUUGGCAAGUCAAGGAAUCAUUAACAAUGUUAUAGGCCAUUGUCUCACCACUGAUGCAGGAGGUGGUGGAUAUAUGUUCUUUGGUGACGGCUUUGUGCAUUACAGGCAAAUGGCAUGGGUCCCCCUGCUUAACAGUCCUUCCACGAACUUUUAUCAGACAGAGGUCAUCAGAAUGAGUUAUGGACAUAGGAAACUCAGUUUCGGUGGUCAGGACAAUGGACUAGCUCGGGUAGUUUUCGAUAGUGGAAGUUCUUACACAUACUUCACAAAACAAGCGUAUUCUGAUUUUCUUGUUUCUCUUGGAGAUGUUUCUAGCAAAGGUCUCGUCCAGGAUCCAUCCGACUCGACAUUGCCUGUUUGUUGGCGAUUUAAAUUCCCAAUAAGGUACCCUACGAGCAUAGGGCAGCAUAAUUCAAUUACAUUGCUUUGGGUUUGGCUGUUUCAAUUGACCAAAAGUGUGCAUCUGUAUGACUGCAGCUCUGUUUCAGAUGUCAAGCAAUUUUUUAAACCUUUGAUUCUUCAAUUCGGAAGCCAGUGGUGGAUCGUCUCUAGAAAGCUUCGUAUCUUGCCGGAGGGUUACUUGAUCAUGAGCAAAAAAGGCAAUGUGUGCUUGGGUAUCCUUGAUGGAAGCAAAGUACAUGAUGGGUCUACUGUUAUACUUGGAGACAUCUCGCUUCGUGGACAGUUGAUUGUAUAUGACAAUGUGAACCAGAAAAUUGGGUGGGCACAAUCAGAUUGUGUCAAGCCACACAGUUUCAACAGUCUUCCAUCAUUUGGAGGUGUGGAUCUUCCGAGUUGAGGACAAUACUAUUUUUCCCUUGUAAAUAUCAAAACUUCAAUCCCUGCUGCUGAGAACCUUCUGUACCCUGCAUUAUGUCAUGUCUACAUAGACUUUGCUUAGGAGGAAAUGCGGCUUCAUCAGUUACUAAUGCAGUUUGGAUGCAUAACAUAAUAUUCAGCACUGUAUGUACACUUACAUAUUAGGUUGCAUGGAUAAGAGCUCUCUCUUAAAUGUUUGGUUGCA